AUGGCUUUGGUUCCAAAUCGUAAGAAGGUUAGUUGCAGUAGCAGCUAUAUACAUGAUGAUAUUGCAUUUGGUAUUCUCUCUAAACUCCCUAUCAAGUCUCUCAAGCAAUUUACUUGCGUUCGUAAAUCAUGGUCUCUUUUAUUUCAAAACCCUAAUUUCAUUCAAAAGUUCCGCAACAAUCUUGUUACCAAAUCACAUUCACCGUAUGAUGAUGAUCAUGAUGAUGAUGUGUGUUUCCUCUUCAUUUGGGUUGUCUUUCCAAGUUUGUUUUAUUCGAUUUCGGGUGAGAAGUUUGAGAACGAGGUCAAAUUGGAUCUGCCGCCUCAAUUUGAUGAUAUUUUUCAUCUUGUUUUAGGUUCAUCUAUCAAUGGCAUUAUUUGUGUAUAUGACUAUGUGGAUCAGAGCAAUGUAGCACUUUGGAAUCGUGCUACCGGUGAAAAUAAGGUCAUUCCUCCUAGGCUUUCCGAGCGUCUACCUAAUUUUGUCGAAGACUUUCAUCUUUGUGGAUUUGGUUAUGACCAUGUUACAAAUGACUACAAGGUUAUUCAACAUGUAAGUUUGCGUCCUAUAUUAGAUGGUCGUGUUCGGGAAGAAGAUUUGCCUAUGACACCUGACCGGUUCUGGGAGAUAUAUAGCCUAAGAAGUAACUCUUGGAGAAGACUUGUUGUUGAUAUGCCAGUUCCUAACUCUAAUAGCACUAAUGUGUACUUGAAUGGGAUGUGCCAUUGGUUUGGGCUUUCAGAUGGGAAAUCAUUUUCCGUUGUGUCAUACAACUUGAGCAAUGAGAUGUUUUUCACUACGCCCGUAGAUUGCCAUGCCAGAUCUUUUUCUAAUUUGAUGGUAUUGAAUGGGUACAUUGCACUAACAACAAAAUGUUAUGAUGACAAGUUUUUCAACAUAUCGGUUUUGGGUGAAAUCGGUGUCAAGGAAUCAUGGACUAAACUCUUCGAAUUUGGUUCUAUGCCUUGGAUUGAUCUGUCUCUUGAUGUUUGGAUGAAGGGCAAAAUAUUCUUAAGUCAAAUAAAUGGUAAAGUAGCUUGUUUUGAUUUAACUACUGAAGAAGUGAUUGAGGAGAUUGAUUUUAAAGGAGACAGUAAGAAUUGUCUAAUCGUACCUUACAAGAAAAACUUUGGUACAACUGGAGAAGUAGACAAUUAA